AUGCUAUUGAAGGGCUGCUUUUGGAUUAUUCUAUGGAUUAUAAAUACAAACGCAUUGGUCGUCGAAGACCUGAUAACUGGUAAAGCGCUGGGGAGUUCCUCUAAGCCAAACUACAAUGUUUAUAGCUUCGUUGAUGGUGAUACUUUGGACAUAUUGUGCAGGAGGGACGAACCCAGCGUAGGCAACAUGAGUUGGAUCAUAAAUACCGUCAAGCAUGGCAAAUUAGAAUGCGAAAAUUCGUAUGCAGAAUCAAUACGGUAUCGAGUCUCUUUGCAGACAUUAGACAAUAAAAAGGAAGUCAUUUGCUUGGCGACAUCGCCUGAUGGCUCCGAAGAGAAAUUCCAUAUAUUAUUGAAUAAUACGGGCACGGAUAUUUCAGAGGACAUUGAAACUGUGCGACAAUGCAUGAUUCCGACAGACCUUGUGUGUCCGGAUUCCUUGAACCCGGUUUUCAUGAACAUCUCAGUUAACGGUAAUAUAUUAACGCCCAAAUAUGAUAGCUACUCAACAUCUCACGAGUACAUUUACAAAUACAAUGAAACUGAAAACUUUGUGGUUACCUGCAACGCUUCAGACUCUUCUAGUACUCCUUAUAUAAUAAUGUGCAAAGACGCAUACAGUAAACAAGAGUUUCAGCCAUGCCUAGGGAAGAAUUGCGCCAUCACAAAAUCAAUGGGCUUGGAUGAAGUCAAAAAAUACCCUAAAGUGUAUUGUUUCACGUUGAAUGAAAACGAAGCCUUGACAAAGGUGAAGUUUAUAUCCGUAAACGAUGAUACAACAAGAAUGGUCACUACUGUGUAUCCACCAACUGAAACAACCGCACCAACAGAAGAAACUGUUACUGAACAAACUACAGAAAAGGAUUUGGUUUGCCCGAACCCGCCUCAUAUUCCUGACAUAACUGAAUUCGGGAUAGAAGAUAUCUACUUCGUUGCCAGCGGGGUGCUGAUAUUAUUAACGAUUAUAGCGAUUGUGUUCCUAAUAUUCACUAUUUAUAGACGCUUCAAAAAAGCGUCGAACGAGAACGUAGCGGGCAAUAGCUCGUCAGAGACAGGCGUCCAACGGUCCUUCCUGGCCAAGGUCCAAUCAUUCAAGAUGCUGUUCAAAGUGGGCGCGCCCAAAGCGGUUCAAAAGCUCGAAGAGAAGUUCCCUCGAAGAAGAAAAGGAGAGAAGAAAGCCUACUCGACUUUGGAUGAAGAUCUA